AUGUGGAGAGUUCAAGACAGAGGAUGCUUCGGGAUUCUGUCGUUCCCCAUGCUGGUGGCCAUGGUCUGUUAUGCCCAGAGAGUUAAUGAGUCCAGCAACAUGUCAUAUGUGAAGGAAACCGUGGAUAACUUGCUGAAAGGAUAUGACAUUCGUUUAAGACCAGAUUUCGGAGGUCUCCCUGUGGACGUUGGUAUGAGCAUAGACAUUGCCAGCAUAGACAUGGUCUCUGAAGUCAACAUGGAUUACACUCUGACAAUGUACUUCCAGCAGUCCUGGAGAGACAAAAGGCUAUCGUACUCUGGAAUACCUCUGAACCUCACAUUAGACAACAGGGUGGCUGAUCAGCUUUGGGUUCCGGACACCUAUUUCAUUAAUGAUAAGAAGUCAUUUGUCCACGGCGUUACAGUGAAGAAUCGUAUGAUUCGCCUGCACCCAGAUGGCACAGUCCUCUAUAGCUUGAGAAUCACAACCACAGCAGCAUGCAUGAUGGACCUGAGGAGAUAUCCCUUAGAUGAGCAGAACUGCACACUUGAAAUAGAGAGCUAUGGAUACACAACAGAUGACAUUGAAUUUCAGUGGACAGGUGGUAACUAUGCAGUCACAGGAGUGGAGAAGAUUGAACUGCCACAGUUUUCCAUUGUUGAGCACAAACUGGUUUCAAAGAGAGCAGUUUUUGCCACAGGUUCUUACCCAAGAUUAUCACUGAGUUUUCGACUGAAAAGAAAUAUUGGCUAUUUCAUCCUGCAAACAUACAUGCCAUCAACCUUAAUCACAAUCUUGUCAUGGGUCUCCUUCUGGAUCAAUUAUGAUGCUUCUGCUGCAAGAGUUGCACUAGGAAUCACAACUGUACUUACCAUGACAACUAUCAGCACUCACCUCAGGGAAACCCUUCCCAAGAUCCCCUACGUCAAGGCCAUUGAUAUUUACUUGAUGGGUUGUUUUGUCUUUGUAUUCCUGGCUUUAUUGGAGUACGCAUUUGUUAACUAUAUAUUCUUUGGAAGAGGGCCACAGCUUCAGAAGAAAGCAGCUGAGAAAGACACUCAGACCCAAGUGAAAGGAAGACUGGGAAACAACAAAGCUCAGGUGGAUGCCCAUGGAAAUAUUCUCCUGACCACUCUUGAAAUUAGAAAUGAAAUCACGGGGUCUGAGGUGUUGACGAAUAUCAAUGAUCCAAGAACCACCAUGUUUUCUUAUGACAGUGGCAGCAUUCAGCACAGAAGACCAGUUGCAAGCAGGGAUGGCUAUGGUAGAAGUGCAUUGGAAAGGCACAUGGUUCAGAAGAAGGGACGUUUACGACGACGGACAUCACAACUGAAAAUAAAAAUUCCAGAUUUGGCUGAUGUUAAUGCCAUAGACAGGUGGUCACGGGUGGUCUUUCCUGUCACAUUUGGGUUUUUUAACUUGGUUUACUGGCUUUACUAUGUGCACUAG